CCUAGCUACUGCCCCGGAAGCUGCCCCAUCCCGGGGUCAUGAUGGGCAGCAAGAUGGCGUCUGCCAGCAGGGUCGUUCAGGUAGUCAAGCCACAUACUCCAUUAAUAAGAUUCCCUGACAGAAGAGACAAUCCUAAACCUAAUGUAUCAGAAGUUUUGAGAUCAGCAGGACUACCAUCUCACUCUUCUUCAAUUUCACAGCAUUCUAAGGGAAGUAAAUCACCAGAUUUGCUGAUGCAUCAGGGUCCACCAGACACUGCAGAAAUAAUAAAAACAUUACCUCAGAAAUACAGAAGGAAACUUGUAUCUCAAGAAGAAAUUGAAUUUAUCCAACGUGGAGGUCCGGAAUAAUCACGGACAGUGUGGCUGCUAUUUGUCAUCAGACAAAAAAAUAGUCUUUACAAUAAAGACUGUCCAAAAAUCCAAAAUGGCACAUGAGAAAUUAUAUAGCAAACAACUUGAAUACUCUGCAAAAAGAAAAAAAAUGAAAUAUAGAAAAUUUAGAUGGACAGUUGUAUCUUCUAAUAUAUGUGUCUUGGUCAGCUUCUGCAAAAGCUUACCUAAUUGUUUAUAUGCUUAUUAAAGUAUACAUUUUU